UCUCAAUGCCCUAAUCUCUCACACAUAUUUUUUCACGCGUUAGGGUUUGAGCAUACUGCGCUUCGCUAUGGCUCGCAAAAGAAGUCGAUUAACCUUAGACGACUUGCCAGAUUGCAUUCUGCCCCUCAUUCUCAGUAAAAUUCCUUUCAAACAAGCAGUUCAUUGUUCACUUGUCUCAAAAGGAUGGAAAUUUUGCUGGACAUUUGCAAAAAAUCUAAAAUUUCCAGAGGAUUUCUUUUCUUCAUCGCGUAGCCCUACUGAAAUCCAAAAUAUAAUAGAUCUUAUUUUUGAGCGUCAUUCUGGUCCGCUUGAAGUUUUCGAGCUUAACAAUGUUCGAUUCUGCUGUUCAAGUGACAAGAUUUCUGAUUGGAUUCAUCGCGCUGCUCUUAAAGGCGUGCAAGAGAUUAAGAUUGUAGAGAAGGUUUCAGAAAUUUAUGAAGUUCCGGCAGCCAUAUUUUUAUGUCAAAAUCUCAGAUCUUUGGCUUUAAAGAAUUUUCUGCUGACAAAUCUACCAGACGGUUUUGGUGGCUUGGCCGACCUGACAACAUUGGAUCUUUGUAAUGUUGAUCUGAAUGACAAGAUCGUUGAGCUCAUGUUGCAAUUAUGUCCAGGUUUGGAAACCUUAAUCCUUAGUAACUGCAAUGGACUUGAAAGAUUAAAGAUAUGUUCAAAGAGUUUCAUUGCUCUGUCUAUCUCCUCUAAAAUCAAAGCAAUAACAGCAAGUUGUCCGCGAUUAACAAGCCUUACAUUAUUGCUUGAUAACACCGAGACGAAAUUGGAUUUGCCAGCAUGUUUAAGCCUGUGUACAAAUGCAGGACUUGAAUCAUUUACAGCUCUAAGAACUCUUAGAAGAAUUACCUUUUUGAACGGCAUUUUUUGGCGCGAUGUAAAGAUUCUCAAAGAAUUUCCAGACUUGGAACAUAUGUGUGUACACAAGGGUCAAUGCUCGGAUACAGACUUCUUUCGGCUUGAUGAUGAGGCAAUUUUACCGCUGGAGAAUCUAAAGUGGGUUCAUUUGAACAUAACCUACUUUCAUCACCCUGUGCAUCUACUUUCCUGUCUUUUUGGAAUAGCUCCGGCUUUGAAAACAUUAUUAAUUUCCCGAAAGAAAGGAUUCAAUGGCGUUCGUGCUCAGGAAUUUAUCAAUCUGGCUUGGAAUCUUCAGCGACCAUCUACAGAAACCAAAGUUUUCUUAUCACGGUGUACUGCAAACGAAAAGAUAUGCGUCGACUGCGAUCUUGUGAAUUUCAUCUGAGAGUGAGACGGAAUCUUGCGGUGAAGAGGAAGAUAGGGUUUAUCUGGGAGAUCGACGGAGAGUUUAGUUAGGGUUUGUGCUUAUUAUUUUUGGGGUUAAUUUUACAGUUGGAAGGAAAUACAUUGAAGUAUUUUUGUUUUGAUAUUACAGUUGGAAGGAUGAAUGGUGUUAUUAUACAUAAAUAUUUAUUUUGUGGAGAGGAUGACUAAUUGUAA